UAGGCGCACGGUAGGGACGGAGUCGUUUUCCUAGCAGCCAGCGCACACGCCGCAAGAAUACCCGGAGCGGAUUGGGAAAGGACAAGACGGGCCGCAAGAAAGAAAGGAAGGAGGAGGUCGCAUAAGACCGAAUGGUUUGUUUAUGUCGGGAUAGGUUUUUGUACGGAAGAAGAAAGGAAUCCUAUCAAGUAGCAGGAUUGGAGUGGCGUUCAUAGACAGAGAAAUAUCCACAUCGAGUUAGCGGAAUGUGCAAUUAAGAAGAACCGAUCUGGACUUAUUUAAGACUGUCCUGUGGAUUUAAAAAAUGUGUUUGAAAGGAUACUUCCAGUAACACGACGAAUGAUGGCAAUUUGUGCAUAAUCGCACGCUGGUUUUAUAGCGAUGGUCUUUUUUUUCUUGUGCCCGGUAGUAAGUAAUUAGCUGUGAGUGUAUAGAAAGAUUUAAUGAAGGAUAGAGAAAUGUUCUCGCAAAUGUGUUUUGCAGCUGCCUUUUCGAAGACAACGAAAUAGUUUACGUUUUUACAUAAUCUGCAAAAUAACUUCCUAUAGGCUACUUUAUAUAUAGUGAAAUAUGCAAUACAGUAGGCUGUAUUACCCGAUGUAGUAAGUAUAUUAUACGUUUUUACCCCCGCAAAUUUAUGAAGUUUUUUUUCGCCUGAAUUCAAUAAGGCCCAUACUGAUCAUUAACAUAACGUCGGCCUAUGUUUGUAUUUUAAAUUCGAUUCUGGUGUCACAAUAUUCUGAUGCCUUGUUAUCUUUUAGGGUCAUGUAUUUUUGCGUCGCUAGCCGGCCUGUCGCUGCACAUUUUGUUUAAUCACGCAAACACAGCCAUAAGAAAUCACGCACAUUGCUGAUCGAUACAUUGCAAGUUUUCCUGGAAUUUAUAUUUUUCCGUUUCCACGACUUGGAAUUACGGCUUUCGUGGUGUUAAAUAUUUUUCAUUAUUCCAUUUUUGUCGAGUAAAGGGAAGGCUACUUGUACUGAGAUUAGAUAGCGUUCCGCACAUUCAAAGCAGGACUUCCAUACAAAGGGGCAAGGAGGCAACGGGAAAGGUAGAGAAUAUACAUAUCUGGAGGACACUAUCGUUCAAUGUUAAUGUCGACCGACGUCGCAUCAAUUCUUUUACCUGUAUCCCGGGGAAUAAUGGACCGGGAAAGGGAUGUUGACAAUGCAGCCGGAGGUCACGCAGACCCGGCCGGAGGAUCAGCAUCUGUAAGAGGUAUGAAAAGAGGGGAUCCGGAGCCUGACGGACAAACGACCGCAGUAUCUCUGCCCGAACUGGCCGGGGCUGAAUGCAAGCGACCAAGGAUAGACGGGUCGGGGACUGUCGCUGAGAUCGGACAGAACAAUGACCCCUUGACUCCUGGUUUCCAUGGAUACCCACCUCACAGUCAGGGUUCUCAAGAAUUGGCGGGGGGUCAGGAGGGAUUGCUGCCUCCACCCUUUUCCGCAUUCCCACCCCCAUCUCAGAAUGGCCUGGGGGCUGAAUACGGAAGCGGCCUGUUUGGAUCGACGGGGCAGGCCCCCUCAGAGGCCGGGGCAAAUGGCUCAGCAGCUGCCCCUAAUACGCUCAGCACCCCACAGGCAGAUGGAGCAGCACCUGCUGAGGGAGUGGGUCACUGCUCGGGUGGCAGCAGUGGCGCGUUGGGGGCCGAUGCUUUGGAGGGCAAAUGCACCCCCAAACGACUGCACGUCUCCAACAUCCCCUUCCGCUUCAGAGACCCGGACCUCAGGCAAAUGUUUGGGCAAUUUGGGAAGAUUCUUGAUGUCGAGAUCAUCUUCAAUGAAAGGGGGUCAAAGGGUUUUGGCUUCGUGACGUUCGAGAGCAGCGGCGAUGCGGAAAAGGCGAGGGAGAGGCUUCACGGUACUCUUGUCGAGGGACGCAAGAUCGAGGUGAACAACGCCACAGCCAGGGUGAUGACCAACAAGAAGAUGGUCAGCCCGUACCCUAACGGAGAGGCGCUCACCUCCUUGCCUUAUGCCGCAGGAUGGAAGUUGAGCCCCAUGGUGGGUGCUGUUUAUGGGCCAGAGCUCUACGCAGUUCCUGGCUUCCCUUACCCUGCAGCGGCAGCGGCGGCGGCGUCUACGGCGGCGGCGGCCUUCCGGGGGGCACACCUGCGAGGGCGGGGCCGUCCCGUCUACAGCGCCGUGCGGGCCGCCGUCCCCCAGCCUGCCAUACCGACCUACCCCGGUGUGGUGUAUCAAGAUGGGUUUUAUGGCGCUGCAGACAUAUACGGAGGGUACGCCGCAUAUCGCUACGCGCAGCCGGCUGCUGUAACUGGGGCGACGGCCGCUGCAGCUGCCGCGGCUGCCUACAGUGACAGCUACGGCCGGGUGUACGCUGCAGACCCGUACCAUGCCCUGGCCCCAGCCGCCGCUGCCGCCUACGGCGUGGGAGCCAUGGCCAGUCUGUACCGGGGUGGAUACAGCAGAUUUGCGCCAUACUAAACGGCUUCCAUUUCCACGGACCCCUCUCGCCCCCCUCCCUCGCCCACUCCCCGACCCUGACUUCAUACACUUCAUUUGGAAACCUGCGUUCCACAGACAUGGUAACGAUGACCGCCCAUCAGUCAGCUGACACCCUGUCACCUUGGCUUCACGGCAGCCAAUGAGAGCUCGGCCCCAAAUGCAUUCAAAGGCAACGGCGAUUUAAACGGCAAAGCCGUCACCACAGCUGAACAGAGGAGGAGCAGCCCGUCCGCGUGGAACAGCGUGGGGCUGAAUGAGAGGCGUGCGGCGGCCUAACAUCGCCCCCGGAGCAGACAGCUGCGGUUUCACCCUAACCCUCUGACCCGGCCGAAGAAUCACACCCACCGACAGUACAGAGAAAAACAGGCCCCCAUCCCACAGACACACAAAGGCGUGGAGAAACUAAUUUUUUGUUUUUUCUUUUUAACUGUGGACCACAGAGGGAUGGUGGAAGCUUCAAGCUCACUACAAAGUGUUAAGAUCCAUGAUGUUGAGGUCGCGACACCCGGGACCCAAGUGGAAACAAACUGCAACGUGGAAGGAGGACGAUGAGAGAGAGGGAGGCGGGGGGGGAGAGAGAGAGAGAGAGAGAGAGAGAGAGAGAGAGAGAUAUCCAGCCCCCAGACAUAAAAUGACAUCACCACUGAUGCAACACUAGUGUGUGUGUGUGUGUGUGUGUGUGUGUGUGUGUGUGUGUGUGUCCCUGUCCGUCCGUCCACUGCCGUUUCUUUAAGGAGUAACUCUAAGACUCUCCGGGUCUGCGCUGACUGCAGGGAGCGGAGGAGAGAUCAGCUCUGCCUGCGUUUCACUACCAGCCGGGUGUGUCAAAGGUCCUGCUCCUCGUGUUAAUUUUUUUUGUUUUAAAUCCUCAUUACCUCAGUAAUGUGUUUUUUGUCUCUGGAAUAUGUCACAAAAAACAGAACUACAGUACUAAUAAUAAUGUACAAAUGUGUAAAUGGGAUUGCUUGACAGCCUAGAAUUGAUUAUUAUGAUUAUUAUUAUUAUUGUACUAUAGAGUUAAUGGUCUCUGAUCAUGAUUAUCGUUUAUCAUUGCUGGUUGAGUAUUUACUGUUAACUACCAUUUAAUUGCAUCCACAGAAGCAUCUGACCUACAUUUUUACACACAUGCUGUUUGAUUUUAUUUCUUGACUAGGCUCCUUAGGAAAGGAGAGAAGGGGUUGAAAAUGGGGGGGGGGGGAGAUUGUGCUGUCAUCAGUAGUAUGGCCCCCCCAGCUCCGGCUGGCUUUGGGUGACUGAAUGAGCGCAUUGAAGAUAACCACAGGUAGUCAGAACUGGCUUGAAGUCAUUAUGGAUAAUAAACUCAGGGUUUUUUGGGGGGUGGGGGGUGGGCUGGUGUUUGAGUAUGUUACUGAGUGACACUAAGCCAGUGUCCCUUCUCUCAGCAGUGGAGCAGGUCCCAUACAUAAAGUUUAAGAUCACCUUCUGCUUUCUGGAUGAUGCAGUGCGAUAUGUAUGGAGGUCACUGCAUUCUGCUUACAGUGCUGUGGGAAAGGCAGCCAUAGACAGACAUGUAUAAAUAGCUUUUGUCAUAGUGCUGUUCUGUAUAACCUCAUAUAUUCAGAAUAUGGUAUCUUUUAAUUCCUUUGAUUCCAAAGAUUCCCUCUGGAAGCACAUUUUGGUCGUAUUUCAUAUGAUUGCUGUUCUUUUAGCUGUUCUAUUUACGUAUAGCUUAAAAUGAUCCUUUUUUUUUUUUUUUUUAAGAAAAAAGUGAGAUCCGCCCGUUUUAUGUAUUAUGUACUGAAAUGGGUAAUUCAGAUACCAGUUUUUAAAAACCAUGCUUUUCCGAUACCGAACGGUUGGGUUCUUAGCGACCGUGACAACUUCUAGCGGUCAUUUAUUUAUACCUGCAGCGCAAUGCGUUUUACGACGCGAUGAUUAAACGGUUUUAAACACUAGAAUGCAAGUUGCUUGAUUUUUGAAAACGGAAGAAAAUGUGUUCCGACUUGAAGUUGGUGCAUGUAUGUAUGUUUGACUAGGAAAUGGUUAUAUAUGGCAUGAGAUUGUGACGGAAAGACAGCAGGGAAUGGAUGGGCGGUAAUUCGUAAGUAAAAAAUGUUGGCAUUGGAACGGAAGCGAUUGUUGUAAGUCCUUUCACAGUUUAAUAUAUUUACGUAGGUAUGUGGGGGUUUUAAAUAGAUUUAGCGGCCUCUUCAGGGGAGAUGGUGUUUUGUGAAACGAUGUUGGGACUGAGCCAUAUUUCAAGGAGUCGCUUGGAGACACGUUUUAUUUUUUCGAGUUGAAUAUAAGUUCGUCUUUUUUUAACUGGUGGAGUGGGAGGUUUUAACAGGUGCGUGUUAAGACACAUGACUGAACAAGGAUGAACACUAGUGCGGAGUUUUUGCGCGGUGGUGUUUUUUUUAUAGGUAUUCAUAGGGGCCUGAUACUGCGCGCCGGGCUGAGAGCCGCUUGCGGGCGGCGGCGUGAUGGAGCGUCUUCCUCCGGCUCCUCCAGCAGCUCCAUCCCCCUACCGGAUGGAUAUGUCAUAAAUGAAGAUCAGUCGGCGGUUAUCAGCUGUCAUUUUUACAUGUGGUCAUGACGAUUUUGUGUAAUUUUACCGCAACGCUUUUCCUUUUUCGUUAAUACGAAAUUAUGAAGGCGGUUUAAAUAUUACCUUGUGUUAAAGUAAUUUCGAGAGCUGCAGUUUCAUUUUUAAUGUGAUGCGGGGGAGGGGGGCGUGCCUGUUAAGCCUUUGAAUAGUGUGUCAGUGUUAAAUAUCAUCUGGACACCAAAUAUCCAGCGCUGAAACCGGAUCCAAGCACCUGGCCGUGUGUGACAGCGGAUAAGUGCACAGCACCCGUCCGUCCCCGUCCCCCCCGGACAGUUCGGAUCGCACCGAUUAGGGAUGAUAUUGUGCGGAAGCGCUCAAGGGGCGGUACUACCACCCCCAUCCAGAGCAACCCAGACCUGCGGGGGUCCGUCCUGUUUGGCCGGGCGUUUAGGGGUCUGCGAUGACCCCGGUAACACUCACGUACUUUUGUUGAACAGUUUGUCAUUGCUCCGGCCUGUCCCAUGGAUUUGCAAUGAAACUGACAGUGUAUUUUUAUUAUAAUAAUUAUUAUUCUCCUUAUUCCCAUUCGCCAUGUAUGCUUUGUUUUCUGUGUUUAUUGAAUGUGUAUAUAUAUAAACAGUUUGUUUGGUUUUUA